UGUACGUGUACCUAUGCACAAUUUUGCACUAUUUCCGGAUGUCGUUUGCAAAGCGUAAACAAGAUCAAGAAAGCAUUAAAUGGGAUGACGAUGUGAGAAAGAUCAAGAAAGGAUCAGGGCCUGUCACUAGAAUGAAAGAACGAUGAGUAUGGCAGGGAUAUCAAGAUCGGAUGAGAUGAUGAUGGAGACAGCAGCCGUGCUAUCAUUUCAAAAAGGUGAGAUGCUGAACGGCUUUAGAUCAAUCAAGGAAGAGCCAAUGGAGGAGCUGAUACUGGAGCCAUCAGACGGAGGGAACGAAGAAUAUCAGACAAUCUUCAUAAAGGAAGAAAGGAUGGAAGCAAAUGGGUGGGAGGAGAGUGAAACCCACAUACACAAUACAUCCUCUUCAUUAGUGAAUGAAGGUGUCGUGCAGAUCACACUUAUGAAGACUGUAGGACGGAUACAGAGGGAGGGAGGGACACAGAUGGAAGACCAGUUGGAAUGUGACGUAGACUGCAAACCUCUUCAGCUCUUAGGAGAGCCUUUUCUCAGCUGUACUACGGAAACGGACGCACGCACCAUCAACAUGACAAGUACGGAGGAUGCAGAAAUCAACACGGGGGAAUCUUGUUAUCAAUGUUGCAUUUGUAACGUGGCAUUUACUUUCAAAGAUCACCUACGAGAGCAUGUCAAAACUCAUGAAAAAGAUUUACCUUACGCAUGCCACGUUUGUAGUGAAGGAUUUGUCCAGAGCGGUCUGCUUCGUGAACACAUGGAAACCCACCCAGGAGAAAAACCUUUCAAGUGCUCUGUCUGCAACAAGGGAUAUGUCAAGAGAAGUACUCUCGCAGUUCAUAUCACGACACACAUAGGGGCACAAUCUUACCAGUGUUCAGUUUGCAAUGAAACGUUUUCCCAGAGUGACUACCUGAAAGAACACAUUGCAACCCACAAAAAAUAUCUGCGGUAUACAUGUUCUCAGUGCGGGAAAAGCUUUCAGCGUUCUAGGAACCUUGAUGACCACAUCAGAACCCAUACAGGAGAGAAACCUUUCCAAUGUACGUUGUGUCCUAAGAGCUUUGCUCAGCGCAGUGGUGUCAGGAAGCAUAUGACAAUCCACAGCGGGGAAAAGCCAUACCAGUGUACCGUCUGCCAGACGUCCUUCGCUCGCACAGAAGGUCUGGCGGUCCACAUGAGGACGCACACCAAAGAACAGCCAUUCCAAUGUUCCGUGUGCAACAGGAGAUUCUCUCAUGGUAGUAGUCUUUCGGAGCACAUGGGAACCCACAUCGGCGACGCCCCAAUGAACUGCCCUGUCUGCAAUAAGGGAUUCUACUACAACAGUGGGCUUGUAUCGCACAUGAGGAUCCACACAGGGAAGAAGCCUUACGCGUGUCCUGACUGUGAGAAGUUCUUCCCUCGGUUGAGUAGUCUCCGAAGCCACAGAAGAACUCACACCGGCGAGAAGCCGUACGUGUGUACCAUCUGCAAGAAAGCCUUCGCCCAGAGCACCGGUCUGUCCACCCAUAUGCGAGUCCACACGGGUGAGAAGCCUUACCAAUGUACCCUCUGCGACAAGAGGUACGCCCAGAGUGGCCUUCUGACGAUUCACAUGCGCAACCACACGGGGGAGAAUCCGUAUAAAUGUUCUGUGUGCGAGAAAGCAUUCACCAGUAAGAAGACGCUUACCAAGCACCUCAGGACGCACACUGGCGAGAGGCCCUUUGAAUGUCCGGUCUGCAAAAAAGCUUUCGCUCGUGAUGAUAGCCUUCUGAACCAUCAGAAGAUACACACUGGCGAGAGGAACUACCAGUGUUCCGUCUGCGACAAGCGGUUCAUCCAGAAACAGGGUCUUAGCACGCACAUGAGGACGCACACGGGCGAUCGACCAUUCCAAUGUUCGGUUUGUGAGCAUUGGUUUGCCCAGAGGAGUACCUUGACGGCUCAUAUGCGAACGCACACGGGUGAGAAGCCAUACGAGUGUGGUCUGUGCGGGAAGGGCUUUCCACAGAGUGGACAUCUUACGCUACACAUGAAAAGCCAUACAAGAGAUGACCCUUUAGCCCCUUCCACACGUGGUGCCUUAAACUGCCCCCUCAAAUAAUGCUGUGGCCAAGUUAAAUGCAGGUGAAAAACUAGCUGCACAAAGCAAGAGGGGUUUAAUAGUUAUACCCUGCUCACUUUUAUCCGUGUAAUGAGAUGCCAAAUUGUAAAGUGCACCAUGCUGUAUGGCAUAAUAUUUUGCUACGCCAUUUUUCUUUGAGGGGGUUUACUGGUACUGUGUUAUGUGUGAGCCGGUAUUCUGUGGUGUAGACCCUUUACUAGAGAGAUGGCCUACUUUCAUCAAAUAGUGUAGUAGCGGUAUGUAUAACUUAUGCAGACUGGGCCUUUCACCUUACACAUGACAAGUCAUUCAUUACCUAAACCUUAGUGGCAAAGACCUUAUAUAAGAAAGACGGUUUAAUCCUGUUGGAUAGCGUAGUAGUGAAGCAGACUGGGCAUCUCUCUUUAUACGUCUCAAGUUAUACAUUACAUAAUCCAUAGUGGCAAAGACCUUAAUUUGGAAAGACAGUUCGCUCCUGUCAAAAAGUGUAGUAAAAGUACAUCAUAUGUUUAUAUUCCUGUAUGUAAAGCAGAUUAGGCAACUCACACUGUAUGUAACAAUAAUAUUUAUGAAAUAAUUUCUGGUGCUCAUGCGUAUGUGUGGUAUUUUAUCUAAGGCUCUGAAUUUAAAGAAUUUGAGUCAGAUACACAAAUUUGGCAAGUAAUGGUUUGAGCUUCUCAAAGUUGUGCCUUCAUACAGAAUAUCUGCAUACUAUUUUUUUUGAUGUGAUUCGGUACAUGGAUACAAAGCAGUAUUGAACCUCCUUCAUGAUAGAAGCUUGGUCACAUGUUCCGUAAACCAUCUCCAGAAACAAAAGAAAAUAAAACAAGCCAUGAAGCAUUUAUCUGGGUUAAAGACCCUAUACUAGAAACAUGGUCUACAUUUAACGAAUUAAAUAAAAAGCAAAAACAAUGUGGCAUUAUAAAAUGACACAUUGAGUGUAGUGAAGUGUGCUUCACAUGUCUGUAUUAUUUUUUAAGAGAAACAAGUAUAAGGGCCAUUCUUGCACAGAGAUAAUUGUUAACCUUUUUUUUUUUUUUUUACAGUUCUCAUUUUGACUCUGCUUAAUGUUUUUAGACAGCUCCCUCUAUGAAGGUGAUUUGGAUUGUGCCAGUCACCUAAAAAUAGUUUGUUCUUUGUGUUGGUGUUCCAUGUGGUUAUAUCUAAGUUUUUAAAAUGUUAUAUGAGCUUCAAAUAUUACAUCUAUAAAGAUAUUUUGCUAGUUGACAUACACUUUCAGUUAACACAAAACGUGACUUGUUAGAAGACGCACUCGCAAGAACCGCAUCAAACUUUGACGGUAUGGAACCCAAGACCGACUUGGGUUCUACUUGGCGGACGGCGGUGUUAUGCUAUUCUUUAUUUUCUCCAUGCUCUUCAUCUAUUGGCCUAUAAGAUAUAGAGAGGUAAUUUCUUUGUAGGUUGAUUUGAUACAUUCUAGCAGUACACAAAAUAUGUGUAGGUGAUUGAUGCACAUUAAAUGUAGUGAAUUUUGCAUUUCUGUACAUUAUUGCGCAAGCACAAGGGCCUUUGGGAAAUGCAAAUACCUUUCCAGCUAACAUCUCAUUCAUUUCCAUGUAAUAUAUAUAUAUAUAUAUAUAUAUUGUUAGAUGAUUCAAUUUCCGAAAGUCUAGACUUUGCAGCCCUCCAAAUAUAUUUUUCCUGAGAAUAUACAUGUACAAUAUUGAAUUUAUUUAUUUACUAUUUUUACUGAUUUCUUUACUUGUAACAGUGGAGCUGUUUUGCAGGGUAUAUCAUUUGUUGAACAAGUGUCAUUAUAAUAGCAAUAAAGAUAUAUGCUGUUGAGAGCUAGAAGGGAAUUAAGUCUGUGCUAAAGUACACAACAUAUGAGUUCAUGUACUUAAAUGUGCAAAUUAGGAACAUGUGACGUACAUAUGAUUUAUUCAUUUUUAUUAUUUGGAUUUAAAUUUAAAAGAAUUUCAAUCUAUAUAGGAUUUAUAGCAUAAUGUGUUUAUUAUGAAAAGAUGAAAAGAUGGUCAUCAUGGUAACUUAAAACUUUUGAAAUGAUUCUGUCAUUUCGUCGCUGUUUUCACGAAGUGACGGUAGUGAAAAAAAAUUGCAUUCACUUUGCGUUACGAUUUUCCUCACUACCGUCACUUCGUGAAAACAAGGACGAUUUAAGGGAUUGAAUUAUAUGUUAUAUAUGUAUAUAUAUGCCUUGAAAAAAGCGCAUUGGAAAGUGUUCAGGCGAAUAAUUAUUAUAAUUAUUUUCUUUUGCAGUUGUAUGUUUUUGAUAUCUGGGGCCGUAUUUCAUUCAUUACAACUAUUAAGCAAGUAUUUUACAUUUGGCUUGGUUAAGACUCUGACUGGUAUUCAGAUCACAUCUAACUAUUUUACUUGAGCAAGUCGGCGUAAAAGCAAAACAAUGAUGAGCAUUGUGACAUCACUUAGACAAUAAAAGUAAUGAACAAUUAUCACAUCUCAU